AUGGCGGAUCCUACCAGCCCUGCCCCUGCGGGCAAAAACCCACCAGUAUACCGAAUCAACCUCUCACUGCCUCCAUCGGAACGCUAUGUCGAGCUGGCAAAGCUGUACCGAGACAAGAUGCGUGCCCUACGCGGCAUGUUCGAUGAGCUGGUCCACGGCAUUUCACCCAAAAUCCCCCUCAAAGGAGUCCACUGGCUAGCCCGACUAUCUAUGCGCAAGCUGUACACAGAAGAAGAAACAGACGAGCUUCGAGGAAUCAGUCGCGUGACGGAUAUCGACAUGUACCUCCUCAUCAGUCUAAACACGGUACUGGACCUGCUCAUGGGCUGUACUAGUGGUGGUGUACGCACCAAAAGCGCAUCGGGGACUCAAAUGCUUCAUUUCCGAACUCUUGACUGGGGGAUGGAUCCGCUACGCGAGUUGAUUGUGCAGUUGGAGUUUGUACGGGAUGACAACCCGGACAAAGUGCUUGCUACGAGUAUCACGUACGUGGGCUACGUCGGCGUGCUUACAGGCGUGAGAAAAGAUCUGAGCAUGUCACUCAAUUUCCGCCCUGUGCAUGAUGAAUCGCGGAACCUGGCUUUCUACACGAAUCAUCUGCUCGUGUUGCUGGGAAUCCGGCAAUCUAUUUCAUCAUUGAUGCGAGAAUGUCUUUUCUCGUUUCCCGAUGAGCCAAAGCCAAAGAAGAGAGAGGAAUCUCUGUCAACACUGGAUAAAAUCGUUGCACAUGUUCCCAGUAUGCCAACCACGGCAGUAUACUUGAUUUUCAGCGACGGCAUCAAAACGGUGAUCAUGGAGAAAGACCAUGGUACCGCUGUAGUCCGCUCAUCAAAUUCAUUCAUCGUCACUACAAACCACGACCAGGAACCUGGCGCGGCAUCCCCGAAAGCUAUCGCUAAUGAGAAGCGGAAGAACCACAUUGGCCUGUCACUCGCAUCAUCCGAGGCCCAAGUUAUGGUCGAUCUCAUCGAAGACAGCAAGGAAAGACGCGACUGCAUUCAAGCCCGGUGGGACGAGAGUGUGCAAAAGACUAUCCAAGCCAAGAAGGCCGCUAUGAAACAGGUCCCGGAAUACAUCGAUAAUCCUGAUCAGCCACAGGGCAGUCGUUCAUCGCUGCGUCUGCGGAAGAAACGAGAGGCAGAGGCCGAGGAGGCCGAACGACAACGCAAGUCGAUGCAGGACUCUCUGGAUGAAGAAGAUGUGGCUGUCACCGCAAAGGAAGUUAUGAAUUGGCUUACGACUCACCCAGUCUUGAACGAGGAAACGCAUUACGCGACUAUCUUGGACCCGUCGAAGGGUAAAGUGACUUGGGUACGUCAAUAUGAUCCAAGUGAAUGGCAAGAAGUGAAUGAAAACGCCAAUGAUUCGGACGUGAUCGUCUUGUAA